AUGGCGUCGUCGCCCGCGGGCACGAUGGGCGGCGCUAUGAGGCAUUUGCUCCGCGCCCUGCAGCAGCACGAAGCGGCCCUCGAGGAACUGCAUAUGCAAGUCGAACAGAACGAGGCGGCCUCAUCUCUCCUUUCCCACUACCUAGAUCCUUGUUUUCACUCUGAAAGCGUCAAAUCAUCUUCUUCGUCUUCUGCUUCAGCGUCUUCCGACUGCGCCACCUCUUUCGUCGGUGCGUCGCCCUGUCCUCGCGUGUUCAUUCCUCUCACGUCGGAGGCCCUGUUGCCUGGCUUCCUGCUUCCUUCUUCUUCUCUGCCGCUGCUGCAUCUGGGUGGCGACUAUCUCGCGACGUUCCGCGCAGGCAAGACUGCGUGCGGCUCCUCUACGUCACAGUCCGCUUGUGUGUCUUCCGCGUCCGCCGCACCCUCAACUAACGGGGAAGGCGAAAGUGCGGAGGACAACAGCGGCUGCGGCGCACUGGGCCUGCUUCAUCGGCGAGAGUCGCUGUUGAGAGAGCAGAAGGAGCUCGUGGAAAGGAAAGUGCAACAGCUGCGCGCGCAGCUGCGCCUAGGAGAAGAGGAAAACGACAGACGUGACGCGGGGGUGUCGGCCGCCGGGGCUGCUGGUGUACGUCCGCCCAUCGACGGGGCAGCAGACAACGGCGCGAACUCGCAAGCCAGCAAAAAGGGUCAGGCGCACUUCACGAAAGACGGAUUCGUGGAAAUCUUUGAGGAUUACACGAGCGAGGAGGAGAGCGAAGACACGCCGCAAUCCAGUUCUGCCUCUCGAUGUCAGCCUCAGGCUUCCGGGGGUCGCCUGCGAGGCGAAUCUGACCAUGGUGCGGCGGCGGGUCCACGUGCACACUGUCAAGCGGAUGGCGCGCAGGCCAAUGAGGCCUCCGACGCGCCCGACGAUCGAGCCGCGGAGCCGGUUGGACGGGUGCUGUCCUCGCCUGCAGCUCAGCAGGCCAGCGAGGCGAGCUGCGAUGAUGGAGGCAGCCCGGUGACUGAGGCGCGCGAGACAAGUUCGUCCGCAUCGGCGGCGUCGCUGCCCCCCUCUGCCUCUGCCUCCGCUCUGUCUCCUCCGGAUAAAGACAAACGUGACGCCGAGUGCCCGCCUACUCGCGUCUCGUCCUGGUCGCCCGCAGUGGCGGAGCGCGUCGUUGAGCGCGCGGAGAGCCUCCAGGCGCGCGGAGACCCUCAGAGAGAAGACAGCCCGAAGCGGCGCGGGGGCCUGAGUGUGGGGGAGGCUGAGGAAGGAGAGACAGCCCCGCCAAAAAGAGUCUCGAUCUUCAAAGCCAUGCGCCAGGGCCAGAAGCCCGAAGCCGCAGCAGAAACAGCUCCUUCAAGCAAAUGA